AUGUCAUCAUUAUACGGAGAUCUCCCACCACCAACACAUUCUUCACCAGGUGGUUCUGGAGAAAAAGAAGAAACUACUAAGCAACAAUCUACGAGCGCUACAACGACUACUACGAGUACGACGUCUACGUCUACGUCGGAAACAACUUCAACUUCGAAACCGUCUAAAUCUGCUCUCCCAGCGAAUCAAACACCUUCGAGCCAACAACAACCGAAUACUGCCUUUUCAAGUCCUCCUCCAAUCCAAAGUCAUGUGUCACCUACUCAAGAUUUGGCUUCUUCAAUUGAUAGUCGAUUAUCCAUUGCUAUGAAUUCUUCCACAACCUCUCCUCCAAAACAAAAUUUUUCCUCAGAAGAUGUUAAUGAUUUCCAAUCUGUUUUGAAUACUCAAAGGAAUCAGCGUAGUGGCUUUGAUAAAAAAAAAUUAAUUAAAGGCGGUAAAAAACAAGCUCCAUUAUUGCUGGAAGAUGAUUAUGAUCCUACUCGACCAAAUGAUUAUGAAGAAUAUAAAGAAUUGGAAAAGAGGCGUAGAGAGGAUGAAAUUUAUCGUCGGCAGGAAGAACGUAAACGACAAAAAUCCAUGAGCCCUGAACGUGAUAGACGUUCUCCACGACGUCAUUUUCCGCCUCCACCAUUGUUGUAUGAUGAUUCUCCACAAAGUGAAAUGGAUAACACUCCCCCUGUUGCUCGUUCUCCGCCUGCUAAAAUUGAUUUAGAUAUGACCGGUGAAGAAGCCUUUUUACGAAGAGCUCGAUUAAGCAAUCGUGCUCAUGAGGAAACUUCAAAUAGAUCACCUGAAUCUAAGUCUACGGCUGGUCUAGGAUCUGGAGAAGAGUUUGCUCAUAGAAUGUUGACUAAAUUAGGCUGGCAAGAAGGACAUGGAUUGGGUAGGAAUGAACAAGGUAUUAGUGAGCCAUUAGCAGUUCAAAAAACUGAUGUUAGAUCAGGAAUUAUUGUUAACAACAAUCCAACAGUUAAAUCUGAAAGAGAUAGUGAAAAUUCUGCUAGGUAUUUCCCAGACACUGAACUUCCUUCUAGAGUGAUCUUACUAACAAACAUGGUUGGGCCUGGUGAAGUCGAUGGCACACUUCAAGAAGAAACAGCUGACGAAUGCAACGAGAAAUACGGAACAGUUGAAAGAUGUCUUAUUUUUGAGGUACCACAUGGAAAAUUGCCGGAUGAUGAAGCUGUACGAAUAUUUGUAAAGUUUGAAGACAUUGUUGCAGCAAUUAGAGCCAAAAAAGAUUUAAACGGUAGAUUUUUUGGUGGUAAACAAGUUACCGCUCAAUUUUUCGACGAACAGAGAUUUGAUAGAUUAGAUUUAGCUCCAUCUCAAGCGGAAUUACAAAGGUCCAAACAAAAAGAAAAUUUAAAAAAAUGA